UGAACUAGUCAUGUCUUGGCACCGGCAACCUGUAAACCAGGAACAUGGCGGUAUUAUUUGAAACAAUUGAAAAACCUCUCAGCAUUAGCAACAGCUGUCUUGUAGUGCAUUUUGAUAUUUGUUAAUUGGUAUGAGAACCUAUAAACAACAUGACAAAGUAAAUAACUCAAUGACUGUACUAUUUACAGACAAAUAUAUACCAAACUAUAUAAAAUGGCUCUGAAAGUACUCUAUCAGCCUCAGGAAAGGGAAAACAUUUUACCAGGUACAAUAAGAUGCAGGAUUUGACAGUUCUGACUUUCAUCCUGUUCAUAUGCUCGUGGAACUGCAUGGUUUCAGGGAAAAGUUUGCUUACAAAUCUAAUGAAACAAGCAGAAACGCUUCAACAUGGUCUUGAUUUAGCCUCAAAAGUUGGUGAUAUAGGGUCACACAGAAAUGACGUAGCUUUCACUGCUGUGCCAACAAGUUCGCGGUCCUACAGCUCUGGGUCUGUGUUACGAUUUAAUUCAGUCAAAAUCAACCAUGGCAACGCUUUCAGCACCAGUAACUACCGUUUCACGGCCCCAUCAGCUGGCUUGUAUGUUUUCUCCUGGAGCAUUGCCACUCACAAAAGCUAUUACGGAAACUCAAGGCUGAUGAAAGAUGGAUCAACCUAUCAUCAAACUUAUUGCCAGAAAACCUAUGCGCAAUGUGGUUCUACCAUUACAAUAUGGCUUAACAAAAACAACCAGGUCUGGGUUACAUCUGGAACUUCAAGCUUUUAUGCAUAUGGUACAUACUCAUCCUUUUCUGGAUGGAAAAUACACUAAAUGUUUCGGAGAAAGAGCAGGCUAUGUAUUACCUCUAAAUAAUUCUUGUUUCCACACAGAAAUUAAAAAAAAUUCUGAAGUUAAAUGUUGCUUUUUUUUAUUGUCAAUGAAGUAUUAUCAACAGUUUGACAAGAAAUUACAAGUAAUGUACGAAAAAAGUAUGUUAAUUUGAAAAUACAUGUAAAAGUUAGAAACACUGUGUAGAUAGUUUAAAUUGGAAAUGUUUAUCAAGAGUCCAACUAAUAGGCCUUG